AGCAGGAGCAUCUAGCAGCAUGUCUGGGUGGGUGCUGAGUCUUUUGGUGCUGCUGGGCAGCUGGAGCUUGAGCGACUUGGUGGCGGAAGCCUGCAGGUGCCUUUGCAAUCACCCCCAAGUUGCUUUCUGCACGUCGGACAAUGUUAUCCGAGCCAAAGUAGUGGACAAGAAGCUUAUGAAAGAUAGAGCUUUUAGGGAAAUGCAAUAUACUGUUGAACAAAUGAAGAUGUACAAAGGUUUUGAAAAGAUGCCGCAUGUUCAGUACAUCUACACAAGGGGCAGUUGGGAGGCUAAGCUUGAAGUCAACAAAUACCAGUAUUUGAUUACAGGCCAAGUACAUGAUGGAAAGGUUUACACUUGGCUGUGCGAAUUAAACAAAAAAUGGGAUCAACUGACCCUAGCCCAACGCAAAGGACUGGACCAUCAUUAUAACCGAGGCUGUGGCUGCAAGAUUAAUCGCUGCUACCCCCUUCCCUGUGCUGAGACCUCCAAGAAUGAAUGCUUGUGGAGAGACAUGCUCUCCGGCUUUGACCAUUCAGGGCCCCAGUCAAAGUAUUUUGCCUGCAUCCAGCAGAAGGAAGGUAAUUGCAGCUGGCACAGAGCUGAUAUGGCCAUCUCCGAUGUGACAGACUCCUGGACACCCAACCUUUCUUCUUGUUUCUUCUGUCCCAUGUGGCUGAGCAUUCUUUGGAUGCUAACUUGUAUCAGAUCAUGA